CGCGGCGGCCAGGGCCAUGCUGAAGCCCAAGGACCUGUGCCCCCGAGCGGGUACGCGCACCUUCCUGGAGGCUAUGCAGGCGGGCAAAGUGCACCUGGCCCGCUUUGUGCUGGAUGCGUUGGACCGCAGCAUCAUCGACUGUCGCGCAGAGCAGGGCCGCACGCCACUCAUGGUGGCCGUGGGGCUGCCAGACCCCGCGCUGCGCGCGCGCUUUGUGCGGCUACUGCUGGAGCAGGGUGCGGCAGUGAACCUGCGGGAUGAGCGCGGCCGCACGGCGCUCAGCCUGGCGUGUGAACGCGGCCACCUGGACGCCGUGCAGCUGCUGGUGCAGUUCAGCGGUGACCCCGAGGCGGCCGACUCUGCAGGCAACAGCCCGGUGAUGUGGGCGGCGGCGUGCGGCCAUGGGGCGGUGCUCGAGUUCCUGGUGCGCUCUUUCCGCCGCCUCGGCCUGCGCCUCGACCGCACCAACCGUGCGGGCCUCACGGCGCUGCAGCUGGCCGCCGCUCGCGGUCACGGGACCUGCGUGCAGGCGCUCACCGGGCCCUGGGGCCGCGCAGCCGCCGCCGCCGCGGCCCGGGGCUCCAACUCCGACAGCCCCCCGGGCCGUCCGGCUCCCGCGCCCAGCCCGGAGCGCCGACGACCCAGCCCCCGCCGCCUCCCACGGCCUCUCUUGGCGCGCUUUGCGCGAGCGGCCGGCGGCCAUGGUCACGGCGGCGAGGCUGGCUCGGGGGGCAAGAGCUCGGGCCGGCACCGGGCGCAGGGCAGCGAGCGGCCCGAGCUGGGCCGGAGCAUGAGCCUGGCUCUGGGUGCCAUGACCGAGGAGGAGGCAGCUCGACUGCGGGCGGGAGCCCUGAUGCCCCGACCAAAUUCGCCCCAGUCUUCGGGGACUGGGCGGUGGCGUUCACAGGAGGUGCUGGAGGGAGCGCCCCCAACCUUAGUGCAAGCCCCCAUCGGCCUUAGCCCCCACCCAGAGGGCGACCCCGGCUCUGGCCGCCUGGGUUUGCGCCGACGCUCCACAGCUCCAGACAUCCCCAGCCUGGUUGGGGAGGCACCAGGGCCCGAGAGCAGCUCGGAGUUAGAGGCCAACGCUCUGCCCCACUCAGUGCCUGGGCUUCAGCCUCGGCAGGCUGGCACGGAGGCCGUGGUGCUGCACGCCCAGCGGUAAACAGCGUCGAGGCCAGCACUGCUCCCCCCGCCCCCCUUCCGUCUCUGCUACCCUGGGAUUUCUCUCUUUCUUCCAGAUCCCUCACUUUCCUGGCAGUUUCCUGCCCGUGAUCCCAGAACCUGUCCCCACUGCCAAGGCGAGGUACCCUCUUUCUAAAAGGGACCCCUCUCUCAGUCUUUUUUUGUGCUUGUUGGUAUUCCCCGCCUAAGUCUCUCAUCUUCGCUGCAGCCUGCCUUUCCUGUCCUGGGAGGUGAGGAGCAGAAGACUGCUUCCAUGGGCUACAGUCUUCCAGCCGGGAAGGUGGACCCUCUUCCCUAGGCCCUAAGGCUCAGUGCUGAGUCCUGCUGGCUCCCGCCCGGCCCCCUUACCCUUGCCAGGUUUCCCCAUACCCUGGCAACCAGGCAGGUGGAACAGUGUCCCUGCCUUCCCCACCCCAGGUGAUGCUGACAGUAAUGCCACACACGACCUAAGAGACUUUCUGGACGGGAGGGCUGAUUAGGAAGGAAUCUGGAGGUUAAAUUUUUGGGGGGAGAAAUUGCCUCAAGACAAAGCAUAUUUUGGGGGUGGCAGAGCCUCCGGUGUUGAACACCAGUUGCCCCUUGAACCAGGUUCUGGGGUAAUUCCUGCUCCCUCUUGUCUCUGCCCCAGGCCUACCCAGGAUUCACCUUCAUUGACAAUCGGGGGUCACUACCCCAACCCAACCUCUGCCUGGCCCCUCUCUGGGCUCUGAGCCAGCCUGUUCUUCAGCUCCGCUCCAUUUGAGUUCCAUCUUUGGGGUCUCACCCCUCACAGCCUAGCCUUAUUUCCUCUCACUCUCAGAGGCCUGAAAUGGAAAGGACUUAGCACUUCCCCCGCCCCCACCGCCUCCCAGCUCCCCGGUCCCGCACGUGGGUGCUCCCGCAGGUUGGAACGGUUGCGAAGGCUUUGCUUAAUUGUAUUUCUUCCAAGGCUCAAAGAACUCGUGUUUUGAGUCUCUUUGUACAUGAAGCAGAAAGCAGCGGGUAUGAUCCGAGGCUUAAGAACCUGACAAUGUCUCUUUAAAUAGAAGCUCUGCGAGGGGGAUAAUUGACUGAAGUGUUUGCCACGUUAAACGGCGGCGCGCGGGAGUCGCAAGCCCACACGAGCCACAGGUCCGGGUUUAAAUUACAUCAAACUCCGGUGAGAGCUGGAAGGGAGCUGUUCAACAGCUCCUGCUCCUUGCUGGGCCGUUAAUGGAGGGCAGGGCGGAUGAUGGAUGCUAGAGGUCGAGACCAAAGACCCCUGCCUCUGCCCCAAUGCGUGGGACGCAGGCUCGGCCCAGCUUUAUUACCUGGCAGAUUAGUGAGUCAGAGGCGACCCCAGAGAGGUAGUUAAAGGCCCUUUGCCGGCCUGGUCCUUCGUCCCCUCCCUCCCCGCCCCCGUCCUCCUCUUUGUGCUGGCCUAGCGAGGGGCGACAGGGGCGUCUGGCGACUCUGGUGCCCUAGGACCCUGCGGAAGCGCGAGCACGUGUAUCCGUGCGCCGAGCCUGCGGGGCGGCGGCGCGUGGGGCUUUUGUGGUGAACUCUGAAGGUUGAGCGUGCACCCCUUUAUCCACUUGCGGUCAGGUCUUUUCAAGACGUCGAUCUAUUCGUCUUUGCAGAACGGAAGGUUUCUCACUAGUAACUCUAAGGGAACUGCCCAGAGAGAGAAUGACCUGUACUGAGAAGUUGGGCCUGGAGGUGAAGGGUGGGUGACCAAGGGCGGGCCUUGUGUUGGUGUCAGACGCCUCCCAGAUCCUUCCACCGGCGCAGUCAGCGAGGCCGCGGGGGCCCCUACACGGGACGCGAUCUCUGGUGCCCCCUGGUGGCCACGCUGCGCUCUCCUUGCUGCGCCCUGGCUGGGCGUUCGGACUUCUGGUUAUGUUUGGGAUCAUCGCUGUGUACUUCUCCCUCCGUGUGCAUUUACCCAUGGAAUCCUCUUCCUCUUGUAGUAUAUUAAAUCCGGAUACUUGAAGUCAUUUCACAGCAGUGAAAUGAGGGACAAUGAACAAAAAAACUCGCAUUUGGAGUAGCAGGAGCCCAGACCCUUCACUAAGGACCCCAAGAUCUUCCAAGUUAAGGCUCCGUGUCCUGAGAGCUCCUGCUGUCUUCUGAAGAACUGGAGCUCCCGACCCCUCCCUUAUGAUUUCUGAACCUUGGGACCUACCAAUUAUGCACUGUUUUCUUCUGAUGAGAUUUGCUUUCGUUUCUGAGGUUUCGCCCUUCCCCCUCUCCUCAGCCCCACUGUUUGGGCGGUGGGUAAACAAUACCGAAGCGCGAGAGGACCUGGGGUUGGUGGGAGAUAUCUGGGCACCUCAUGCGCAAUUUUUUUUUUUUUUUUCUGAUCCUUGCUUGCUCACUGAAUCCCUUUCCAACUGUGUUUAACUUUCACGAAGUUUUUAAUGGUGUAAGAAUACAAGUAUUUUGGCUUCUUCAAAACACAACGAGGUCUGGGUUGCACAUUGUGUGGAAGGUGCUGUUAUCUUUCAAGUGUGGCUGACAUGGGGCUUUCUGAUUGAAUGUCACCUUGGGCCCUCUGUAUGGGGUAAACAACCACCAGGGCUCCUCCCGGUGGAGUUGCCAACGACUUGGUGGUUGAAAGUGAUGUUUCUAAAAAACCACAGCAGGUCUUUCCUGUCUGAACUGAA